AUAUAAACUUUAAAAGAAACUAAAUUUAUAGAACAAAAUUCUCAUAGACAAGUCAUGACAUCCAGUUCAGAAUCUUCAGAUGUCAAAACAAAUACUUCAAAACAGGGUAUUAAAUGGAAACCUACUUUUAUUGUUUCUAAAACAAGUGACAAACCCAAUAAUUCAAAGCGACCAAAAAACCAGAACACCGAAAAUGUUCACUCUGAAAAGCCAAUAAUUGAUGCCAACACUAAAACCUUGAUAUCCAAAAACAAGGAUACCAGCGUUAAGGACGUUACAACUGAAGUUGAUAAGGAAAAAUUUUAUCUUAGCGAAUGCGAUUCCAGCAGUUCAUCUGAAACUAAAACUCGAGAGGAAACAAAAAUUUUGAACUUUUUUGACUUGAUAGAUAGAAAAAGUGAUGAAAAAAUUGAUACUACACAAAAGGAACUCACACCUAAAAACAAUAAUGAUAGUACUAACUUGAAAAGAGAAAAUAGUAUAAUUCAAAAAAAUAAAAAGGAAUCAUCCCAAUCACUCAAUAAGAAACCAACAGAAAAUGAUUCACAAAGCUCUCAAUGUUCAACAAAUCUACUAAAUACCAUACCUUCUCAAGAUGAGUUCACAUCCAUUUCUGGUUUAGACAGAAUAUUUCUUAGUUGUAAUUCGUUGUCUUCUCUUGAUCCUCAAAAUGAAUUUACAUCCAAACAGAAUUCAGACAGAAUAUUUUUUAAUUGUGAUUCAUCAUCUUUCCUUGAUCCAUGUGAACACACGAAUACUGAAAUAUCACUUUAUUCUACACAAAAUGUGGAACCAAAAACUUCCGCUUCAAAAGAUUCAUCAGCUUUCUCUAAUCCAUGUGAACAUACAACUACUGGAAAAUCAUUUCAUUCUACACAAAAUGUGAAAGCAAAAGCUUCCACUUCAAAAGAUUCUUUAACUUUCUUUGACAGAUGUAAAUAUACAAAUUCUAAAAAAUCACUUUAUUCUACACAAAAUAUGGGCACAAAAGCUUCCACAUCAAAGGAUUCAUCAUCUUAUCUUGAUCCAUGUACACAUACGAGUACUAAAAAAUCACUUUAUUCUACACAAAAUAUAUGUGCAAAAGCUUCCACAUCAAAGGAUUCGUCAUCUUAUCCUGAUCCAUGCACACAUACGAGUACUAAAAGAUCACUUUGUUGUACACAAAAUGUGGAAGCAAAAGCUUUCACUUCUAAGGAUUCAUCAGCUUUUUUUGAUCCAUGUGAACAUACUAGUACUGAAAAAUCUAUUUAUUCGAUACAAAAUAUGGGAGCAAAAACUUCCACAUCAAAAGAUUCCUUUCACAGUGCCAUGGGUAUACCUUUUUUUGACAACAAUAAUGUUAACAAAGAUAAUGUAGGAUUAGAAGAAAUGUGUCUCAAAAAUAAACGAAAGGAAGAAGAUGUACGAAACACACAUGGCAACAAAAUCCCAGUCAAAAUAACAGUAUAUGAUACCGAUGAAAAUAAUAUGUCUUCAGAUUUAAUAGAAAUAACACGAACACAUUCAUUUAGAAACUCGAAUCAAAUUAAUUUUACUGAUACAUUUCCGCUGAGUAUGUGUGACUUCUGUUGCUUGGAUCAUAUCGAGAUAACAAAAGAGAUAAUAAAUGAUUCUGGUGAAAUAAAUAAAUGUAAAUUUUGUAUGAAGACUCCAUUUUCUCAAAGCCAAGAACAGGUUACAGCUAUGGUAGAAAUCAUAUCAGAUCCUCCAAACGAAUUCAGUUGUGAUAGUUUGUACUCAUCUGACCAUCCCAUUCUAUUAAAUGUUGAAGACGAUAAUAAUACGAUAGAAAUAAAUAGUUCUUCAAUUCCGAUAUUAGUGGGAUAUCAUCAGACAAAUUAUAGCUCAAUAUCUCAAGAGGAAUGUCCUUUACAUAAUACUUAUGCAAAUAAUGAUCAAUCACAAUGUUCAGCUGAACAUGAAAAUAUUCUCCACAAAACGUAUAGAUGGAUCAAUAAUAAUGUUACAGAGAGAGAUAUUUUAGCAUUUGUGCUCGGUGCAGGAUUAUUUCUUUGCCUUGUUAUAUUUGUUAUGAUAAUUUAAAGACUUAAGAAGUGCAAUAAAGUCAAG